AUGUUGUCAAAAUUAAACAUCACAGAUUCAUGUGUAUUCGGUGAUAUUGAUGAUAUAUUUACAUCUGGUGAUCUUAUCGAGAGCGAAGGCGGUACAAUUCGAUAUAAAAUACAAACAAAACGUCAAUUUUUACCAGGAGAAUACCAAAUACACAUAGUCAAUGAUAAUAAAAUAGCGAUUGUUUGUCAUGAACAAGUUGAUCCCGAAAAAAUUGACAAACUAUUAAAACGUUCGGAUGUUAUGGGAAAUUGUUCUAAUUUUUUAUCCCGUUAUGAUUGGAUGCAUUACAGGAAUUGGCGUUCACCUAAUAAUGAUCGGUUUAUGAAACACGGUGGAAAAUUAUUUAAGAAAAUUAAAGAACAAUUUCAUGGUAGUAGAAAUGAUGAUAAUUGGACAAUUUGUGCUUUAGUUUUUUUUGUUGCUCAUGAAAAUAUGAACGAUGUGGAAAAUAUUAAUUUUAUCAUUGAAAAACAAAAUGACUAUGUUUAUAUCAUGAGACAAAUGCAUAGCGGUGAUAGUGAAAAGAAAAUACUUGGUUAUAUUAUUAAUUCUAUACCUGAUGGUCAGAAUGGAAAACAGUCGAUGAUUCUUGGUGAUUGGCACUAUGGUAAUUUAUUAGUAGAUUCAACAAGUGAAAAAUGUUUUGCAUUUGUCUUUGGAGAUUUUUAUGCAUGUCAAGUAUUGUCAUGUGAUCUGUCAAAACUUUAUAAACAUGAUGAAAUUGAAGAUAUUUGUUCAAAAAACUUUACUUAUGAUAUCAAACAAUUCUUACUUGAAUAA